GAGGACGCGGCUGUGAUACGAAGUUCCCAACGUUAUAGUUGAAAUCUGUUAUGGGUGAAUGAAGGAACAAGGGAUGGAAUACGUACGAAGAUGGAACGUUUCGCGGUGCCUGAACUCUAUAUCUUGUGUGGACAGUAAUGACCUCACGUUUCCGAUUGCCUGCUAGCAGAACCUACAAUGUACGAGCAUCAGAGUUGGCCCGAGACAGACAAAAUACAGAGGUGGUUUGCAACAUCCUUCUUCUGGAUAACACUGUACAAGCUUUCAAAGUUAAUAAAAAUGAGCUGGGACAAGUUUUGUUGGAUAUAGUCUUCAAGCAUCUUGAUUUGACUGAACGAGACUAUUUUGGUUUACAGUUGGCUGAUGAUUCCACAGAUAACCCAAGGUGGCUGGAUCCAAACAAACCAAUAAGGAAGCAGCUAAAGAAACUGCUUUUAUUAAUUCUAGGAGGAUCUCCUUACAGUUUGAACUUUAGAGUCAAAUUUUUUGAAAGUGACCCCAACAAGUUACAAGAAGAGUAUACAAGGUACCAAUAUUUUUUGCAAAUCAAACAAGACAUUCUUACUGGAAGAUUACCCUGUCCUUAUAAUACUGCUGCCCUUUUAGCUUCAUUUGCCAUUCAGUCUGAACUUGGAGACUACAGUCAGUCAGAAAACUUGCCAGGCUACCUCUCAGAUUAUUCUUUCAUUCCUAAUCAACCUCAAGAUUUUGAAAAAGAAAUUGCAAAAUUACAUCACCAACAUAUGGGCUUAUCUCCUGCAGAAGCAGAAUUUAAUUACCUGAACACAGCACGUACCUUAGAACUCUAUGGAGUUGAAUUCCACUAUGCAAGGGAUCAAAGUAACAAUGAAAUUAUGAUUGGUGUGAUGUCAGGAGGAAUUCUGAUUUAUAAGAACCGGGUACGAAUGAAUACCUUUCCAUGGUUGAAGAUUGUGAAGAUUUCUUUUAAGUGCAAACAGUUUUUUGUUCAACUUAGAAAGGAAUUGCAUGAAUCUAGAGAAACACUACUGGGAUUUAAUAUGGUGAAUUACCGAGCUUGUAAGAAUUUGUGGAAAGCAUGUGUAGAACAUCACACAUUCUUCCGUUUGGACAGACCACUUCCACCUCAAAAGAAUUUUUUUGCACAUUAUUUUACAUUAGGUUCAAAAUUCCGGUACUGUGGGAGAACUGAAGUCCAGUCAGUUCAGUAUGGCAAAGAAAAGGCAAAUAAAGACAGGGUAUUUGCAAGAUCCCCAAGUAAACCUUUGGCACGGAAAUUAAUGGAUUGGGAAGUAGUAAGCAGAAAUUCAAUAUCUGAUGACAGGUUAGAAACACAAAGCCUUCCAUCUCGAUCUCCACCUGGGACUCCUAAUCAUCGAAAUUCUGCAUUCACACAAGAGGGAACCCAAUUACGACCAUCUUCAGUUGGUCAUUUGGUAGACCAUGUGGUUCACACUUCACAAAGUGAAGAUUUUGUGAGUCAGAGAUCUCCAUCAUCUACACAAGCUAAUAGCAUCAUUCUGGAAUCAUCACCAUCACAAGAAACACCUGAAGAUGGGCAACCCCCAGCUUUACCACCUAAACAAUCUAAGAAAAAUAGUUGGAACCAAAUUCAAUACUCACAUUCUCAGCAAGAUCUGGAAAAUCAUACUAAUGAAGCAUUUGAUAUACCAUCUUCCCCUGAAAAAUCUACUCCUAAUGGUGGUAUUCCACAUGAUAAUCUUGUUCUAAUCAGAAUGAAACCUGAUGAAAAUGGAAGGUUUGGAUUCAAUGUAAAGGGAGGAUAUGAUCAGAAGAUGCCUGUAAUUGUGUUCCGAGUAGCACCAGGAACACCUGCUGACCUCUGUGUCCCUUGAUUGAAUGAAGGGGACCAAGUUGUACUAAUUAAUGGUCGGGACAUUACAGAACAUACCCAUGAUCGAGUUGUCCUAUUUAUUAAAGCUAGCUGUGAAAGACAUUCUGGGGAACUCGUGCUUCUAGUUCGACCCAAUGCUGUGUAUGAUGUAGUGGAAGAAAAACUAGAAAAUGAACCAGACUUCCAGUACAUUCCUGAGAAAGCCCCACUAGAUAGUGUCCAUCAAGAUGACCAUUCCCUGCGGGAGUCAAUGGUCCAGCUAGCUGAGGGGCUUAUUACUGGAACGGUCCUGACACAAUUUGAUCAACUGUAUCGUAAAAAACCUGGAAUGACAAUGUCUUGUGCCAAAUUACCUCAGAAUAUUUCCAAAAAUAGAUACAGAGACAUUUCGCCUUAUGAUGCUACACGGGUCAUUUUAAAAGGUAAUGAAGACUACAUCAAUGCAAACUAUAUAAAUAUGGAAAUUCCUUCUUCAAGCAUUAUCAAUCAGUACAUUGCUUGUCAAGGGCCGUUACCACACACUUGUGCAGAUUUUUGGCAAAUGACUUGGGAACAAGGCUCCUCCAUGGUUGUAAUGUUGACCACACAAGUUGAAUGUGGCAGAGUUAAAUGUCAUCAGUAUUGGCCAGAACCCACAGGUAGUUCAUCCUAUGGAUGCUAUCAAGUUACCUGCCAUUCAGAAGAAGGAAAUGCUGCCUAUAUCUUCAGGAAUAUGACACUGUUCAACCAAGAGAAAAAUGAGAGUCGUCAACUCACUCAGAUCCAGUACAUAGCCUGGCCUGACCAUGGAGUCCCUGAUGAUUCAAGUGACUUUCUGGAUUUUGUUUGUCAUGUACGAAAUAAGAGGGCUGGCAAAGAAGAACCUAUUGUUGUUCAUUGCAGUGCUGGAAUUGGAAGAACUGGGGUUCUUAUUACUAUGGAAACAGCCAUGUGUCUCAUUGAAUGCAAUCAGCCAGUUUAUCCACUAGAUAUUGUAAGAACAAUGAGAGAUCAACGAGCCAUGAUGAUCCAAACACCUAGUCAAUACAGAUUUGUAUGUGAAGCUAUUUUGAAGGUUUAUGAAGAAGGCUUUAUUAAACCCUUAACGACAUCGUCAAAUAAAUAAGAAAAGAUCUGAAAUACAUGUUGGAAAACUGCUAUUCAUUGUAUUUCAUUAUAUUCACUGUGCCAUGACACUGCUUGCAGGAAAUGGCAUCUCACAAAAAAACGAAGAACUAAAAAAAAAAAAGAACUUUGAAAACUUCAGCACUGUUGCACUUUAUGUUUUAAAAAAAAGUCAACCCUUCAGAAUCUAUAACUCAUGUGUUGGAAGACUAUUUCAUGCUUUGCUCCGAACAAAUAGUGAAUAACUGAGUAUGUUCAGGGUAAUUUAUGAAAAUUUGUGGUGGUGCCAUGCAGUCCCCUUCUGGUAGAAUUGCCACAAGCGAGGCUCAGAAUCCUCAUCAUCUUUGUUGUACACCUGUAUCUUGAAAGCAAAAAGAAGUAAAUAUCAGGAGUCA